GAUUGUAACAUCUGGCCUGUAUGUGGAUAUUUAUAAACAUGGAAUUUCCGACAAAAAUGCAGUUUCUUUUUGCAACCUUAUUUUAAGUUGGUAUUUAACUUCACAUCUGUAGAAUUUCUUCUGAAAAGAUGGAACAGUGUUUGCAGAUUUUCACCAUUCUUCAACUUGCUUUACCAAACAGUUCCUCGCCAACAGCCGUUUCUAACGAUGAUGCUGAAAGUUCUAGUGGUUCAGAUGAAUCAGGGGGCAAUGAAGAUGAAGCGUCUGGAAGUCUUCCGAACGUGGACUUUUCCACUGAAUCUGGUCAUGAAGUUUUAGAUGUUGACAUACGAUACGACAUGAGUCCGGGUCCUCCUGACUUGCACACAGACCUUCCGCUAGCAAUAAGUCCCAAUUUUUCUUUGGAAAAUAUGCACCCACAGGACGAUCUCCAAAGGGAAGCUGUAACCAUCCCUUCGCACCCUCCAGGCCAGCAAGGCGGUCCUCCCUCGCCAAACGAGAUCGAGCGUUUGGUAACAAUAUUGCAUUACACGACAUUCAACACGCCGUCAAAUUUACCAGAGUGUUCGCAACAAUAUGAUAAACCAGCAAAUCACACUAUCUCAAAUGUGCCAAAGUGUUCGGACCAACUGUUCACGAAUAUUGGGUAUUCCCCACUUAAAUUGAGCCAGGAGUUGGUGCAUCAUCAACGACCUUUGCUGCCACACGUUCAUGAUUAUUCUGUGCCUGAUCAAGAUCAACAACCGUCAAACCAUUACAAUCUUCAAAGCACAGUGAGAGGAGCACAAUCAGAAUUGUUAGAAGAUGAUGAACAUCACCCAAAAACACAAAAGAAAGAAAAAGAACAAACAGUUACCUCUAUGCCAAUCAAAGAUGAAAAAGGCGAACACGCUGAAAAGCGCGUUAAAUUCAGUGAAGACGUGAAGCUGGACAAGGCUGAUGAUUCUUUCAAAGACCUCAAGGAGUUUAUCAAACAAUAUGUAAAACAGGAAAUAGGGUCCAAACGGUCAAAUAUCAAACGUUUGUGUGAUGCAGUAAUUGUGUAUGACAAGAAUGAUUAUGAUUAUGCUGUUGAUAUGAAAGAUGAAAUCAAAGCUAUGGUCACUCAAGAGCUAAACGAAAAGUUACGGAUAGAAUUAUUUGACGACGAAAAGUUCAUGCAGUCUCAUGUUCAAGUUGUGCAAGAUGUUCUGAAAAAUGCAAAUGUCGUUUUGGUCUAUCUUUCCAAUAAUACGGAAAAUUCGAGACAGGUUCAGUUUUUCAUUGAAGAGGCAGUCGCAGUUACCAGGAUCGGUCCGAUACACAAGGGCGGUUUAGUGUCGGACUGUGAGUUCAGUGUCCGACCAGUCCACUCACAGCCUCCUAACCGACGCAAUUAUCGGAUACCUCCCGGACUUGUCAGUGUCAGCGGAAUUGACUGGUAUGACAAAUCUAAACACACGUACGACAGAAUUGUUGCAAUCAUGAAAAACGCCAUUCGGCGAAGAAAACUUAUAGAGAACCCGCGACAAGUACAAGAGGAUUUUAGACAAACGUCGCUACGAACAGGUUCAUCGACCCAUCAGCAAUUUCACAGAAGGCACGCACCUCAACAAGCGUGGGUCGCUGGUACAAGUGCUUAUACGACGUCAGUGCCACGAUACACGCCGCAGGAUACCACUGAACGUUUGUAUAAAGGAAUCAAUGACCCUACCCAGCAUGGCUUCAACAUAAGUGAUGCUGAAAGACGAAUGAGCAUUGAACCUAACCAAGGUUCCGCUGCGUCCUCUUACACAAAAGGCGGUGAUCAUUUUCUUAGAACGGGUGAAACAUAUUCACAACCCGAGUUUUGUUACGUGUAUGCGAACGUGAAUACAUCGUUCACACCUUAUAGUGAACCAGUAGCACCUUUCGGUGUUCAACAAAAUAUUUCGCGACCGACUAGGGCUAUGGGUCUUGAACUUGGUCAUCAACCUGCAGAGGAACCUGAAUUUCAUGGUUACCAUAGAAUAGGUCAGUUUUCAAGGAUCGGAGAGCAGAGUCAUUUUCUCAGACACAAUCAGAUGCCUUUGAACGAGGAGCCGCAAUACAGACGGGAUGGCGGUGACGAAAAACAUGUAAUGGGGCUUGUAAACGACGGGCAAACGACAAACACAAGUCGUACAAACAACCGUUCUGCAGACGGGUAUGAUGCCACAAACCAACCACACCCAAGGCAUUCUGCAAUGCAGCAGGCACCAGGUGCACGACGACAAAGAGCGACAGAAUAUACUCCCAGACAAAUGCAGCAGCAGACGCAGCAGCAACAACAACCAAGAGGUCAGAUGGAUAAUGGCAGAGGGAUUAUAACUUCUGAGAUGUUGAUUUCUAACCUGUCAACGAACGACGUGGAAAUCGAUAAUCCUACAAGUAUACAAGAAAGCAGACGGAUGUACGACCAGGGUCCUGCAGAUAAUGUUUACACAGAAGAUUCUGACAGCAGUGAAGACGAGUUGUGGGAUCCACUUGGAAAUCUACCCGGAUCAAAAGGCGGGCGGGUAGUAAACAUUGUUGGAAGCCAGGUCCUGCAAAUCGGUAAUCAAAACAGCGUAACUAACGUCAGAAACAUUGUGAAGAAAGACAGAAAACAAUCGAAUGAAAAGAAAACUCAAGAUAAAGACAACGCAAGUUAUGUGGACGCGCCAAAACAUAAUUUAGCCGAGUUAAACAAGAACACAGAAAGCGAGGAAAAGCCGGAUGUCAGAAGCAAACACAUAAAAUAUACUAGCAAACCGGAAAGUGUCUCACAGACAUUUCUAAACGAAGAAAAACAACCAAACGGGGCAAAGAGCGGCUACGAUUUAAGCGAUUCUGUAGAUCUUGUUUCCAAAAAUAAUGACAUACAGAAGACAGACAAUAUCUUUGGACAUCAUGUAAAAGAUGUAGUGGGCAGGUAUAAACUGAAUAUACCAUUGGAAGAGCCGCGACGUCAUAAAAAUACCGACGCUCAAGUUGUUGAAAAUGUUAGAUACAUGUCUGAAGAAAAUACACAGUUAACAGCAACGGUUUCGUACUCUGUCCUUCAAACGACGAUAGAAAGACCUAGGUUACAUGACAAGAGUUCCGGGGAAGAACAUUUCAUGACCACAGAUGGUAAUCCUUCGGUAUUGUCUUUGAGUUCCGCGCCAAACACCGUUGAACGUUCUCAUCCACAUGCCUUUACAAAUCUAAUGGCAGUUGCUCACCUCAAUUCACUGGAUGAAAACACGGAGAUACAAAGGUUGGACGAUUUCGCUUGGACUGAAUCAAACAAUGGAGAAACCGGAAUGUUCACAAGUGAUGAUUUAUCAGACGCGGACCUUUUUGGUGAUGGCAGACAUGACCGUCAGAAUGUUGGUCGAACAUUAUUUACGUCACGCUCCGCUACGUCGUUCUCAGACCUGGUCAACAAAUCCCUCGUGAUUGAAGAAGAGAGUUUCAUUCUAACGAAUGUUAGUGACGUGGAUUGAUUUUAUCAAAAGAAGCGAAGCGCAUAGGGGCUUUAUCUUCAAAACUUCAAAAAUCCAGCUCAGCUAAGGUCGAAUUACAAGAUCUAUUUAUAGAUCUAUUGAUAGAUGAAUUACUAGUUUAUUAAAAUUAUGAAAUUAU